AUGUGUGCGACGGGAAACCGGUUCUCCAACUGUCUAAAGGAGUACAAGAAAGCCUAUGCAAAAGAUGAGAAAAGCGGUGGACCAGCAGAGCUUUUGUGCCCGCUUUGUAGAGGUCAGGUUAAAGGCUGGACCGUUGUGGAAGAUGCGAGGAAGUAUCUGAAUUCUAAGAAGAGGGCAUGCAUGAAAGACAAGUGUUUGUUUCCCGGAAGCUAUAAACAGCUCAAGAAGCAUGUCAAGGCGGUUCACCGGAGAGCCAAACCAAGAGCUAUAGACCCUGCGCUGGAGGCGAAGUGGAAGAAGCUUGAAGGUGAGAGGGAGAGGAGUGAUGUGAUCAGCACAGUCAUGUCGUCAACACCCGGUGCUAUGGUGUCUGGAGACUAUGUGAUCGAGCCGUACAACGAUGCUUAUGACGACGAUGAUGACCUUGACUCAGAUGAUUCAUCGGAAGGGGACUUCGGUGUUUGUUCAUGGGCAGCCACCGAUUCCAAGGCAGAGGUGGGAACAGAAGGCGGCAGGCGUAAUGAUUGA